GAGAAGAAGGGAGCAAAGAGAAAGCUUAAGACAAAAAACUGGAACAAAAAGGAAAACUACGAAUAACAAUAAUGUCAUAAGUACAAGCACUGGCUAUAAAACAGAUUCUGCUCGAAAGAUGGCAGUUUUGCGUUUGAGGGCGAAAAUUCCGAAAGAUGCUGAAAAAUUUGUACAUCUUAUUGCUGAGUUGAUUGACGGAAAGCAGACAACUCCGAAGAAGGUGGCAGCACUACGGGCCAGGGGAAUCAAAACUUGUGGGAAAAGAAUAGCUUUCCAAACUGAACUUUCCAAUAAAAUAAAGACAGCUGUCAGUGAACUGAAAUUCAAAGCUGAUAAGGAUUCCUUGAAGAAAAGAAAACUGUUAAUGAGUAGCUGUCUUAUUGCCAAGAAAUGCAAUUAACCCUUUCCACGCGGGGACCGAGUAUACACGUCCUUACGAUUCGUAUCUCACACCCGGGGACCGUGUUUACACGUUACCGGAAGUAGCUCGAUAAAAACCGAAAAAUAUCACUUACCUUGAGAUUUAACGGGAUUUCGGUGAUAUGAAUAUUCAAUAGGAGGAUUUCCCCAAAUAAUGGCAACUGAUUGGGUAGUAGUAGGGGUUUCCCAGGUGUGACGUCAUGUUCUAAACUUACCUGAACUUUCUCUAGUCAAAAUGGCGGACAUGAUUGUGGAAGUGUUUGGAGACGAUGAUUCAGACGCCGAAUUUGAUGGUUUUACGGCGGAAGACUUUGCAAAUCUGUCUAGAGAUAAUAGUAGAACUCUUCCUGUGUUUGAUAUACCGGAAUUGGACCAAGAUACAGAUGAUGCAACGGAUUUACGGUUGGGAUAGAAGCGCGAACCGAGUGAUCCAGUUUCGCAUGUGUUUGCUGGUGUGGUAGAUAUGAAUGUUGACAUCGACGAACUGACUCCUAUCAACUUUUUCACGCUAUUUCUCAAGGAUGCGGACUUCGAAAUGAUGGCAAAUGAAACUAACAGAUACCACAUGCAAGUUUUCGAUACUGAUUCAGCAAAUUUAAAACGAAAUUCUCGCAUGCGUGCCUGGUAUGAUACGACGUCCACCGAGAUGCAACAAUUUUUUGGGCUGAUUAUUCUCACUGGUCUGGUUGAUAAACCAUAUUUAGAAAAAUAUUGGUCAACUGACCCUUUGUUGACUACCCCUUGUUUCAGUCAUACAAUGCCAAGAGAUCGUUUCAUGAACAUUUUGACAUGUUUUCACCUCAAUAACAAUGAAAACCAAGUAGCAAAGGGCAUUGAUGGUUAUGACCCUCUUUUCAAAAUAAAGCCGUUGUAUGAUGUGACACGUGAAAGAUUUUUGAGCGUCUACACACCUUAACAAUUUUUAUCGCUUGAUGAAGGCAUGGUGCCAUGGAAGGGUCGUUUAUCAUUCAAACAGUAUCUACCAAACAAACCUGAUAGAUUUGAAUUGAAACUCUAUGUACUUUGUGAAGGCAAUUCAGGAUAUAUUUCCCGUUACGAAGUUUAUACAGGUAAAAAUUAUACACCUAACCCUGGUGCUGACGAAGAUGAACAGUCUCAGGGUCAUUCCUACAAUGUGGUCAUGGGGCUAUUGAAAAAGUGUGAUUUCCUAAAUAAAGGUUACAACCUGUAUACAGACAAUUAUUACACAAGUCCCAGACUUUUUCAAGAUUUGCAUGCAAGUGCAACAAAUGCAGUUGUAACAGUUCGUAUGAACAGAAAGGAAAUGCCCAUUGCCAUCAAGAAUGCGAAAUUAAAAAAAGGUGAAGCAAUUUUUCGUCAAAGAGAUUCCAUUGUCGCCUUGAAGUGGAAAGAUAAACGUGAUGUUGCCAUGCUAUCUACCAAACAUUGGCCAACUUUUACUAUAACUGAAAAACGUGAGAGAUCAACUGGUGAUUUAAUUGUAAUACCUACCUGUAUUUUAGAAUAUAACAAAUAUAUGGGAGGUUUGGAUCGCGCUGAUCAACUGUCCAAGUAUUACACAAUUACACGCAAAUGCAUAAAAUGGUGGAAAAAACUAGCCAUGCACAUUAUAAAUAUGGUUGUUACAAAUGCAUAUUUGUUAUAUGUGAAGAUGUCUCCCAACCCGGUAUCUCACUAUGACUUCAGAAAGGAUCUGGUAAGGGAGCUAAUUGCAAGACACAGCUCGCGCAUCUCUCGUAAAGGUCGGCGCAGUGUUGGAGAUGUUGAGAGGCGCCUCACAGAGCGCCAUUUCCCUUCCCUAAUACCUGCACAGGAAGGAGCGAAAAACCAGCGACCUUGUAGAAAGUGUGUUGUUUGUAAUAGAAACAAUGGCAAGAGGCACUGCUCUCCAGGUGUUGUCAGGAAGCGAAAGGAAACCCGUUACUGGUGUGCAGAUGUGAAAAGGCACUUUGUGUAGAUGGUUGCUUUCGCCGUUUCCAUACUUUGAAACACUAUAAACUUGUAGGUGGUGAUGAAUCUGACAGUGAAAGUGACGAAUAGGUAAUUUUUGUCAAUGUACACUUGUCUCGUUAAUAUCUCGUUAACUCACCUGUUCAAACUAUUCAAUGUUCCACUGAUCAGUAGUUAUCUUGUUUGUUUGCAUUUAAAUACAUGUAUUUCUGUAAUCUGUACAUAAAUAAUCUUUUAUUUGGAAUGAAACACAAAAAGAAAUGGACAUUGAAUGUAAAACAAGUACAAAAUAUUCGUUUAGUAACACCUUUAUUUCUUACACCUGUUAAUCAGCAUUACAGAGUAAAUUUGAUCUCCAGUUGGACAAGGAAGUAGUAUACAUUCAUUAUAAACAACAAUGUCUUAAAAUUAAUGAUAUUUUGGCAGAAAGUAAGGUAUAAAACAUAAAGAUCACUAAAUUUAAUUAAACUUACCUGUAUAUUACCUGUGAAGGACCAAUCAGGUGACUCAAGUAAGUUCAAAUUACCUUCUACACAUACCAGAGGUAAUAAGGAUUCUAAAUCAUAUAUGGUUUGCUAUGCUGUCAAUAAAAUAAAUCGAUACAA